AUGCUGGUGCUGCUGGGACUGCUGCUGUUCCUGGUGCCUGCAGAAGCCCUGACUGCCUUCCCCCCAAAGUUCCAGGUGGGGAAGCUCAACCAGGACGUGGUGGUGCGAUGUGACACUUCAGAGCAGCACAUCUCCUGGACACUGAACGGGGAGGAGGAGCCCAUGGCCGAGCUAGUGCCUGAGGGCCAGCAGCUCACCAUCCUCGGCUUGGACCUGCCAGCCACGGGCAACUACAGCUGCUGGGCUGGCCCUGUCCUGCUGGACACCACCUACGUGGUGGUCAGCAGCACCCGCGAGGAGGAGAUCAAUGUGUCCUGCCAGGCUGAGUCCUACAACGGCUCCUUCCACUGCUCCUGGCCCGGGCCCCCCUCUGCCGUCUUCCGUGCCCGCCUCAUCCGCAGCGAUGGCUCCGUGGGGCCGUGGGUGCCCGUGGCCGGUGACCACGGCCGGUUCAACGCCAGCCUGGCAGAUCCCCUGUUCUGCCCCUUCGGGGAGGAGCUGCGCCCGCUCCAGCUCCACCUGGAGGGGCUCUCGGACACCUCCUACCUCAACCUCUCCAGGCAUUUCUUCCUCCGCGACAUUGUGCGUCCUGAUCCGCCCCAGGAGCUGAUCCUGCAGCAGCGGGGGGAGCAGCUCCACCUGGCCUGGGCCCCCCCGGCCUCCUGGCCGCUCCCCAAGUCCUACUUUGCACUGCUCUACCAUCUACAGUACGAGCUCCACAACGGCACCCAGGUUGAGCAGUUCGUGGAGGGUGCGGAGGAGACGCCGGUGCCGGUGGGAGCGGGACGGGUGCGAAUCAGCUGCCGAGACCCCUACACCCCCCCGGCCUGGAGCCCCUGGAGCGCCUGGAUGGGCCUCGAUGCACCCCAAUAACAGUGGCUUGGAGGGUGCCGACCCCACAACAGGAGACCUCCUUUCCCCAGAACCCCCAUCCCUUUACAGCUCGGAAAAGGAUUUUCCCCCCAUUAAAAUUCUUUGUCACCACAAA